GAGGGAUGGAGAGGUUGAAGAUAAAGGAAACGUUCUUCAUCACGCAUGGACCGCCGACGAUGUCGAUCGACGAAUCAUUGCCGGCGAGGCAUUUCCUGAAAUCAUUCAGGGAGAAGGUGUACGGAUCAGCUGCACCCGCCGCCAUCCUCAUCAUCUCCGCCCACUGGGAGACCUCCCACCCCGCCGUCACCGCCGUCUCCGGCCCCUCGCCCACCAUCUACGAUUUCGACGGCUUCCCCACCCAGACAUACCAGCUCAAGUACCCGGCUCCUGGAGCUCCAGAAUUGGCAGAGAGGGUGAAGGAAAUACUAAAUGCAAGUGGGUUGGAGCGGGUGGAUGUGGACAAGAAGCGAGGGCUUGACCAUGGCGCUUGGGUUCCAUUGAUGCUGAUGUAUCCAGAGGCAGAUAUUCCAGUGUGCCAGCUCUCCAUUCAGACCCACAAAAACGCCACUUACCAUUACAAUCUGGGCAGAGCCUUGGCCCCUCUCAAGGAUGAAGGCGUCCUCUUUCUUGGUUCUGGGGCUGCCACUCACAACCUCAGUAAGCUCCACGAUGAAGGCGUCCUCAUUUUUGGUUCUGCAGGGGCUGCCACGCACAACCUCGGUAAGCUCCGCGCUUCCAGGGGCCAUGACUCAUCAGUUGCUGAUUCCUGGGCUUUGGCUUUCGAUACCUGGCUCAAAGAUGCCCUUCUCUCUGGAAGGUUUGAGGAUGUGAACGAGUAUGAAGAGAAGGCACCAUAUGGAAAAGUGGCCCACCCGAGGCCUGACCAUUUCUACCCAUUGCAUGUGGCCAUGGGUGCCGCAGGCCAAAAUGCCAAGGCUGAACUUGUCCACCAUAGCUGGGAGUUCGGAGCACUUUCUUAUUCCUCUUACAAGUUCACCGCAACCUAAUAAUUCAGAGUCUAAAUAGAAAUGUUCCAAAUUACCGGUGGAUCUCUGCAUCAACUUCUUUGGUUUGCUUUAUGUUUGAUGUUCGAACUUGUUGAUCAGUUUUAGUUCAUGUCCAAGUAUCACUUUGGUUUGCUUUCGUUUUCUUCACCAUAGCGCUAGUGCUUAGAAUUUUAAGAAAGCUGGGAAUUGGUUGGACUGCCCCUCU